GUUUUUUUCUGUUUGACCAACAGAGUGUGUCCGUGCGACCGCAGACAGUUAAAGAAGACCAGCAGUCCCACUUCCGUUCGAGCGUGGGGAGGCAUGAUGGGAUAUGUAGUGCGUCCAUCCGCACUAUAAAACCAACGGGAACUUCCUCUAACUUCCUCUUUACUGCGCUAGCCUGAGCGAGACAGGCACUUUUAAGCCGCCAUGCCCGUUGCCAGGAGUUGGGUUUGUCGCAAGACAUAUGUCACCCCCCGCCGUCCCUUCGAGAAGUCUCGUCUUGACCAGGAGUUGAAACUCAUUGGUGAGUAUGGGCUGAGGAACAAGCGUGAGGUGUGGAGGGUCAAGUUCACCCUGGCCAAGAUUCGUAAAGCUGCCAGAGAGCUGCUCACUCUUGAUGAGAAGGACCCCAAGCGUCUGUUUGAAGGUAAUGCUUUGCUCAGGCGUCUGGUGAGGAUCGGUGUACUGGACGAGGGUAAGAUGAAGCUUGAUUACAUCCUGGGUCUUAAGGUUGAAGAUUUCUUGGAGAGGAGGCUGCAGACUCAGGUCUUCAAGCUUGGACUUGCCAAGAGUAUCCACCAUGCCCGUGUCCUUAUCCGCCAGAGGCACAUUCGCGUGCGCAAGCAGGUGGUGAACAUCCCCUCCUUUGUGGUUCGCCUGGACAGCCAGAAGCACAUUGACUUCUCUCUAAGGUCUCCAUACGGUGGUGGACGCCCAGGCCGCGUCAAGAGAAAGAACGCCAAGAAGGGCCAGGGUGGAGCUGGAGGAGCUGACGAUGAAGAGGAGGAUUAAGAAGGAUGUCCUUCAGGGGGUGUUCUAAUACUUCCUGUUGUGGCAAAAUUUUCAAUAAAUGUUUGGUCUGACCAGAAAA